AUGGCUUUGGGUACGGAGAAUAUGGUCUACCAGCCAAUGACAAGUACAAAAUUCCCAUAUCAAAAACCUGCUGCACAAAUAUUACACACGCCACCACGUGAGGUGUUGAGAACGCGCAAUGUCAACCAAAGAUCUAUUGCACCUGCCCCCUACAAUAAGCCCGUACAGCGUUGCAUAGAUGGCACAACAUUGGAUUCUAAUCAUCCCUCGGUGAUACGUCGCAAUGCCCGCGAACGUAAUCGUGUGAAACAAGUCAACGAUGGCUUUUUGCAUUUGCGCCAACACAUUCCCACAGCCAUUGUGGCGGAGAUCAGCAAUGGUCGUCGUGGCAUUGGUCCCGGCGCCGACAAGAAGCUUAGCAAAGUUGACACUUUGCGCAUGGCUGCGGAAUAUAUAAGGCGCUUGAAAAAACUAAUUGAUGAAGUGGACAAUAGUGAUGCCUUCAGUAUCUCGUCCUAUGGAGCUGCAUCACCAUCAUAUACCUCCUCAAGCAGUGGUUCUCCUCCACCUCCUGCAGUGGCAACAGGCUUUUCGCAUCUUCAACCAAAUCAAACGGCCCCUAACAUGUUCUAUCAUCAUCAGCAAACCCAAUUCUACAAUCAGCCUCAUCAUGCUCAGCAUCCUUCAUUAAGCUAUGUUGGAAGUUUUCAACAGGAAAAUUUAAUUUCGCCCGCCAAUUCCACAGCGUCAUCCUGCUCCUCUGCGACGGCUUCAACAUACGCGACUGAAUUAUACGCUCAUCAGCAAUCGCCCGAACACUAUCAAUCAUCUGGCUUUGAGUUUGCCAACAACAAUACCCCAGCCACAACUCCAAUUAAAUUCGAGCCAGUAUCAUUCGAGGACCAUUAUAAUCACAACAGCAAUAGCUCCUCAUCGGCAGAGGAUGAAGAGCUUUUGGACUACAUCUCCCUGUGGCAAGAUGAGUAA